CUCUGGUUGCUGGUCUCCAGGCAUUCACACUUCAACGCUGGCUGGCGCGGAGGUGACUCUCUCCAAGGGCUCGUGUUUUCUGUUAACCGUCGAACGUUCCUCACACGAUGAGACAACACUCUAACUUAGCGUUGGUGCUCGCGUUGGCCGGCAUCAUCAGCCUAGCCUCAUGCAUGCCUCAGAACGGCGAAGUCUUUGGCCUCAUACAGAGCUAUCGAUUCGACGACACGAAGGCACAAGAGGAUUUGCUGAACGCCCUGAAGCCCGGACAUAUGGAGCGCACCGUCAACUGCUUGGUGAAUGCUCCAGGCGCUAGUAACUGUGACCCAAGAACUCCUCAACUAAAAGAGGUCAUCCAGGUCCUGUCAAGAAACGACUACAAGUGCAACGACUGCCCACUAGAACUCAAAUUCUUCAUCUCCUACGUGAAGGCAGCCAUGACUGAAAAUGCCCAGUUAUGCAACACCCUCAUUGCACGUCUCAAUUUGAAGGAUCCUGGAUGCAAAACCGCUCGUUAAAUUCAAAUGACAUUAUUUUCAUUAAUUCACUUUUAUUUCUUUUGUUUUCGUUGUAUCGUUUUCUCUUUUUCUUCUCUUCUCGCUUCAUUACAGAGUACGCAGGGUGGUUUGACAGCGUUGCUAGAGAAAAUUUGUUCGUUUUAUUAGUUUUUGAUUGGUUGGGAUGUGGAAAAGAUAGGAAAGAUUCUUAGAAUAAUUGGUCUGGGGAAAGUUGAUAACUAUUUUUACCUUCAGGGAAAGUUUGACUAAAAUUCCUUUUUAUUAAAGCCAAUUCUUAUUCGUCCAAAUGAAAGGACCAUGAAGAACUCUAGCAAGGGUAACAAUUACUAGUGGAAAUUUAAAUUAAGAUAAAAAAAAAAUUAAUUAAACAAUGGAAUGAAGAGAUUCAAUUUCCCAAAAUGCGAUAAGCUCUCACUGAACCACUCAAUCAUUUUGGCAACUAAGUGAUUUGUUACUGAGAACAGAACAUCUGUGUGAAUUAUGUUUUAUAUUUUUUAAUAAAUUUACCAAAGUCUUUUUUUUC